AUGGGGUUCACGCACUCUUCUAGGGAAUAUGGGCAUAAGCGAUGCGUGAAAUGCCUUCGAUCCGGUUCAAUGCUACAGCCUGUUACUCCGUGUGUUAACUGUCAGCAGUACUUGUGUGUACAUUGCUCCAAACCUCUUUUGCCCGAGGCAUGCACGUUCAGAUGGCCUUUUUGGUUUGGUGCAAUACCAAAUCCACGCGCGUCGCGGUGUUGUUUUUCAUGUAGAAGUCCUCUUCUUUCACUGGAUGACAGUAUUUUGUGUUAUAUCAUGCUCUUUCUCACAUACAAAAAUCAAGAUUCUCUUCUUCGUGUAUGUACACGGUUCCAUAGUGUCUUGUUUCUCCCGUAUGAAUAUGUCAAGAAACUUGAGGAGAAAUACCUUUGGAAAGAUCCGGACGACAUCCUUUAUGCGAGUCGAAGGAGUAUUAUAUUACGCGGUAUGGAUCGUCUGACAAAUGCAACAUAUGCACUGAAAUUAAUUCCCAAGUUUCGAAUGCUUUCACGACGAUUAUGUCAAAGGCUACAACAAAGCAUCGACAUUCGCAUUGCAGCGUCGGCAUUUCCAGCGUCGUUUGCAUCAUUUCAUAACGUUUUUCAUACUCGUGAUUUUAUUGUGAUUGUACUGGAACUGUUGCCUCCGGAUAAGUAUCAGUCCCUGUCUGCUCUUAUCCAUAGCGUUACUCUGACCGAGACUGAAUGCCGAUCUAUCAUUGCAUGCGUGUUGGAAGGGGUGCGUUGCCUUCACGACGAACUUCAAGUGGUGCACCGCGAUCUGUCACUUGACGCAAUAUACGUUGCCCGUGACAAUUUUGAGGAUAUUCGUCUGCUUCAUUUUCACAAUGCAAGGUUUUUGAAACCAUCUCCUCGUUCUUCCUAUUUACAUGAGAUGUGGAAGCAGCAACAGCAGCAGCAGCAACAACAGCAACAGUAUCACAAGCAACCGCUGCCUUUUUCGUAUCAUUCUGCGAGUCCCGAAGUAGAUGAUGGGGAUACUGCUGUCGCACUGUCACCCCAAGUGAGGCAACUCUCGAAGCCACCACCACUUUUUAUCCCUGUGGAUGUUGGCUUGCUACGUAAAGCGUGGUUUUACUCCAAGGUCGCGCGUGAACGCGAAGCUCAGCUGCGAGAGGCUGCCGUACGUUCUCAAGGGUUUUUUCACUCUAGAUUUGAAACGCUGCGUCAUUCCGGUUUUUUUCCCUGCAAGAGUACAAACCCUGGCGUAGCACCGAGUGGGAUGGCAGAUGAAAUUUCAGCAACUGCAUCCGGUUCGCCAUUGCACUCACCACGGAGUGGGAUGACUGUGGAGCCUUCAGGCAUCCAAGGGAGCAAUGCUUCCGGGGCCAAUAAUAAUAAUAAUAAUAAUGGUGAUGACGACUUUGUGGUUGUGGCCACACCACGAGCUGCCGUUGGGUACUGUGCACCGGAGCUUAGCGCGAGUCUGUGUGCACGUUCGCUUGUUCCCACUCUAAAUAUUCGUGCGGGCGAUGUGAAAAAGUGGGACGUUUUUGCGAUAGGAGGCAUUUUUUAUCAGCUUCUUGCAUCUUCUACGGGCUAUUUUUCUGAUGCCCAUUAUUUUAUGGACUGGAACAAAGUCACUGCCACCAUUACUUCUGAAAGUCUUGUUUUGUUGAUCCUUUUGAUGCAUAUGGAACCCAACAAUCGCAUGACAUGUAAAGAGGCUCUUCAGAUCAUGUGCGAGCAGUUUAGAGGUUAUGUUGCGGCCGGUGCAUGA